AUGAACAAUUCUCCCAGUUUACUUCGCAACGCCAAAUCAUUCGGAGUCCACAAUAUUCUGAAUCCAUCCGAGUCACACUCCAUGGGCCCCGACGUUAGCGGACGACCACCUUCGCGAGCAAGGGAUGCUGACCCUUUCCACCCAACAUCUUCAACUCCCUAUGGCAUUCCGCGUCCCUACCUCCAUGGCCAUGCUGCUCCCAAUUCUCUGCCAACGACCCCGAUUGCCACAGGUGUUACGCCCACAGGCAGACCUCCGAUAUCCGAACGAAAUUCUCCUUCAACAGCAUAUCCUUUCCCCGUAAUGAGCACCCAGAGGAAGAUACUCAGCCCCAGAGCCCCUCGACCUCUGAGUAUUGGCCAGGCUCUUCCUCCUCGAGACCUUGAUCCGCGGCAACCUUUGGCUCCCAGCAUGGCUCCCACGAAACGACCUUACGAAUCAGAUACUCCCGAUGAGCCUAGGCACGCUCCUGGGCUUCACCAGCCCUCAGGAAUUGCCUCUGGCCCGCAUACCCCAAUGGUGACCCCACCAAGAUCUCUUUCUCAACCGUUAGCCCGCCCCUUGGAUGCCCCUCAUAUACAACCGCCACCAAUCCCUCCACCGGGAGACCUUCAAAACCGAUCACAUGGAUUACAUACACCAUCGCAGUUCCAGCACGGAAUGACCGGGUUGUCCGUUAGCCGACCGAUUUCAAGAAUGGGAGGUCCAACUGAGGGAACACCGGCAUGGCCAGAGAUAUUGCGUCGACAGGGAGGGUCGUUUGUUGGGAUGGAAUCCCAGCAAGCUUACAUGACUCUCCCAGGAAGCGAUACGCCUAUCCCUGUUCAAGUAGACUAUUCCCAAGCAUCAAAGAAAGCGGACGAGAAGAGGCAGCGAAAUGCAAAGGCUUCGACUCGCCACCGCAGGAAGAAGAAAACCCUACAGGAGGAAAACAUGAAGCAGCUGCAGGAGCUCAAGGAAGAGCGACAGCAGAUGCUGCAACAACUUGAGGAACUCGCAGCACAUAGGGACUUUUACAGGGACGAACGCAAUCGGCUCAGGGAUAUCGUAGCCCGAACACCUGCCAUAAGUAAUCAUGCUGCUGGACCACAAAGCCCGGUUUUAUCGAAGAGCAUCAGCUAUGCGGACAGAAGCCCCUUGAUGCAAUCCCACCACAUCCCAACUCCCACUCAAGGUUACGUGAGCGAGGUAUCAUCGGCGGAGCGGCCCGUACCGGUUCGACGCACAGACGAUCGUCCGGACUUUUCUCCUCCGGUAUAUGGUUUAUCUGGCGGUCCGCCGCACGGCCUCCCGUCGAUGCACAGCCCAGUUUAUGGAGUGCCGCCGCCGAGGCCCUCGUCUGCGACUUCGUCCGCGAGCGGAGAGAGAUUGCCCCCUCUGCGGGUAAUGGAGGGACCUCCUCCCCCCAUGCCUGGAUUGGGUCCCGGACAACCUCAAGAGCAGGAUCUGAGGACUGGUCAAUGGAGGCCAGCCCAGUCAUCCCACUUCGAAACCGGUUGGGCAACUGCACCACGAAAGCACCAGGACCACUGGUAG